UAAUAAACUAAUGAGUUAUAAGAAUAAAUGUGAGAAUAUAAAAUGAGAUUUCAGAAGCUUAUUGAACACCAGAACAGAACAGGAGACAGGAUGUAGAGUCUCGUGGCUGAAGAAGUUAAACCGGAAAACAGCAGAAACAGAAGACUUUUUAUUCCACUAAGUGUCUGUUCACAUGUUCAGUGGAGGAUGUGUGUUAGACAUGGCAGAGUUCCUGAGUGGGUUUAAUCUACAGCUGAUGAUUGGUUUACAGAGUGCUGAUGAAUCUUCUCUCUUCAUGUGGUGUUGAUCUUUCAGGUGUCAUCAGUCUGAGUCUCCUUCAGAACAUUUCAGCUGAUCUGUUAUCUGUUGAUCCUGGAGAAAACGUCACUCUGUUCUGUAACAUCACUAAUUAUUCAGAGAUAUCGUGGUAUCACAAGAACUCAGCAGGCGUGAGGCAGAUUAUAUCGACCUCACAAGGGAAUGUGGACAAACACUUUUAUACUGAUUAUAAUGAGGAUAAGAGUCACUUUACUAUAACAGAAAGCAGCAGUUCAGUCAGUUUAGUGAUUAUUGGAGUUAGAGACACAGAUCUGGGAUUUUAUUACUGUGGAGGUCGAAACAAGGGACACAUUCAGUUUGGGAAAGUCAUCAGUCUGAACUUUACAGGUGGCAGCAGAAAUGAGACUCGUUCUUCAUCAGAGGAUUCAGAUUCACACCAGACUGGAGGAACUGAGAACAUCUGGAUUAUACUUAUGACCAUAAUGUGUGUGUGCUCCAUCUCUGUCCUAAUAAUCAUCAUUUGCAUGUGUGUGUUCUGCAGCAGGGUGGAAGGAAAAAUAUCAUCAUCAUUAUCAUCAUGCUGCAGUCACGACACCAGCUCCACUGAACAGGUAUAAAAACAUUCACAUUAAUGUCAAAUACUGAG